GAUUGGCUGACAGAGUAGUGGGCGUGCAGGCCGAGCCUCUCAAAGCUUCGUUCUCUCUUCCUCGGAGCUGCAGAUCAACUCAGACAGACGGAGAGAAGCUCCUCUUCGUCCUCACUGCUCACCUCAUCUUCCUCCUCUUCUUCCUCUUCUGAGUCCACAGCCAAACUCUUCUUCUCUUCUUCUCUUCCUCACUGCUUCCUUUCCUUUCAUCUGUCCUCCAUCUCUCUGACCGACAGACAAGUCUAACUCUUGGUCUUCAUCAUCUUCUUCUUCACCAUUAUCAUCCUCAGAGAAAGACCACAGGGAGCCCUUUGACCCUCACCCCUCGGGUCGCCAUGGCAACGGUCAUCUGUACUCGCUUCACUGAAGAGUAUCAGCUGUACGAGGAGCUGGGGAAGGGAGCGUUCUCAGUGGUGCGCCGGUGUGUGAAGGUUCUGUCGGGUCAGGAGUACGCCGCCAAGAUCAUCAACACCAAGAAGCUGUCAGCCAGAGAUCAUCAGAAGUUGGACCGAGAAGCUCGAAUCUGCCGAUUACUGAAACACCCGAACAUUGUUCGCCUUCAUGACAGCAUUUCAGAAGAGGCUCAUCAUUACCUCAUCUUCGACCUGGUCACAGGUGGAGAACUGUUUGAAGAUAUAGUAGCCAGAGAAUACUAUAGUGAAGCUGAUGCCAGCCACUGCAUCCAGCAGAUCUUGGAGGCAGUGCUUCACUGUCAUCAGAUGGGCGUAGUCCAUCGAGACCUUAAGCCUGAGAACCUGCUCUUGGCCUCUAAGUCUAAAGGAGCGGCAGUGAAACUGGCAGACUUUGGACUUGCCAUUGAGGUGGAGGGAGACCAGCAGGCCUGGUUUGGCUUUGCGGGGACCCCUGGUUACCUGUCUCCAGAGGUCUUGAGGAAGGACCCAUACGGGAAGGCGGUGGACCUGUGGGCCUGCGGUGUGAUCCUUUACAUCCUGUUGGUGGGUUAUCCUCCAUUCUGGGAUGAAGAUCAACAUCGUCUUUACCAGCAGAUCAAAGCUGGAGCCUAUGAUUUUCCUUCCCCUGAGUGGGACACAGUAACUCCAGAAGCCAAAGAUCUGAUCAAUAAGAUGUUGACGAUCAAUCCGGCCAAACGGAUCACAGCAGCCGAGGCACUUAAACACCCCUGGAUCUCUCACCGCUCCACCGUGGCAUCCUGUAUGCACCGACAGGAGACGGUCGAAUGUUUGAAGAAGUUUAAUGCCAGGAGGAAGCUGAAGGGAGCAAUUCUGACCACCAUGUUGGCUACCAGGAAUUUCUCCGGAGGAAAGAGUGGAAGCAACAAGAAGGCUGACGGCGUGAAGGAGUCGUCUGAGAGUACCAACACCACUAUUGAGGAUGAAGAUACCAGAGUGAGGAAACAGGAUAUCAUUAAAGUUACGGAGCAACUGAUUGAGGCCAUCAGCAACGGAGACUUUGAGAGUUACACGAAAAUGUGCGACCCGGCAGUGACGGCGUUCGAGCCAGAGGCAUUGGGGAACCUGGUCGAAGGUUUGGACUUCCACCGCUUUUACUUUGAAAACCUGUGGUCCAAGAACAGCAAACCGGUCCACACCACCAUCCUGAACCCUCACAUUCACCUGGUGGGCGACGAGGCCGCCUGCAUCGCUUACAUCAGAGUGACUCAGUACAUUGACUCCAACGGCGCUCCUCGCACCGCCCAAUCAGAAGAGACCCGGGUGUGGCACCGCCGUGAUGGAAAGUGGCAGAUCGUCCACUUCCACCGCUCAGGCUCCGCCUCCACGCUCAGCCAUUAACUUGAGCUUCCAGAGUGGGCGGGGUCUUUGAGGUGGCCAUCAUCGCUUUGACAACAGGUUGACUGACAGCAGGCCAGGCGACUGACACCAACCAAGCAGGAUUUUGUUGGAGAAGCUGGAGGAAGAGACGAGAGGGACAAAGAAACAUACUCCAACUAACCCAGCAGUUAUCUAUCUAUCUAUCUAUC